UUGCCACCUCACUCGAAAACUUCACAGCCGACAAGACUACGACGCCGCGUGCUCUUGUGCCCGCCCCUCCCGCUGUCGACGAGUCCUCAGCUCCAUAGCUGUUACCCUCCUCACCUGCACCUGCUUGCCACGUUCCCUCUCGUGGCAGCGGUGUCUUCCUAUUCACUCCAGACGCGUCGCUCCAGCCCGUUUAGUGUCUGCACCGCCUAAGAUCCAGCGACAAUAAUCCACCGAAAUGCUCCCGCAGCGGCAGAAAUCGGGCAAGCGCGCAGUGGCCAGCCACCGCCAAGCCAAGUUGAACGUGCGCAAUGCAGCGUUCAUCGCUCUAGGCCUCAUCUUCGUGCUGUACAUGUACUUCAACCUCCGCUUUUUCGCCACAUCCACAGUCUCCACCAAUUCCAUCACAGCGACCGGCAAGGGCUGGCGUUCCUUCGAUGGUGCGCCCAAUAAGCCCAAUGAGGCGGAUGGAGACAUGCUGGUGGACGCGUCCGCCACGCGCCAGGUCAAGCACCUGGUCUUCACGUCCACUUGUCGCGACCUCGACUUUAUCCACGCAGAGGUGCUCGCCUUCACACUGCGUCGCACAGGAUACGACGGCAACGUCACUCAUUUACUUUAUGGCUGCACGUCCGAGGAGGCCACAGAGCUCAUGCGCAAGAAAGACCCGCGUCAUAACGUACAGACCAGACAUUACCCGGACGUCUCGGCGGUGAAGACGACGUUCGGCGAGAAGAUCCUCACAACGACUUUGAACCCCGUGGUCUUGUCUAAAUGGCUGCUGGGGUCAGACGCUGGAGAGUUCAGUGACAAUCGCGCAGUGCCGUUUGAAGAGCGCUAUGCCCUGGCAUCCGACGACUUUGUCAUAGCCGUGGACAGCGACGCGAUCUUCACCAAGAAGCUGGACAUGUGGAACCUCAUGGCCGAAGCGAACGACGUUGUUGAUGCUCGCAUUUUCGGCCAGGACGCGUCUUGGUACUGGCCUAAACGAUUCCCAUUGACGGAUGAACAGCUACGCAGUAUCCUACCGACGAACUCUCGCGCUCUGCUUCUGGAUGACUGGCGUGAAUAUGCUGCCAUUGCUCCAUUUGUGGCAGAAGUGAGCGCGUGGCAGGAGAUUCUGCCUACUGCUGUGGAUUUGUGGGACAAACUGGCUCAUGAACAGCGUUACCUCGCUGUUCCUAUCGCUGCUGCCCACGAGAAGACUCUUAUCGGAGUGUCUGGUGUUCUCAGUGUACACCACUACCCUUCUCGCUACCAGAACUGGGACUUCGUGGACGAUAUCAAGCACAAUCCAUGCGAGACGCUGGCUGAAGGGAAGAACCUGGCACUGUCGUCCUAUCCGAUCUCCAUCCGUGCACUCAACUUCACUCUCCCUCAAUGGAUCGACGGCCGUGACUGGAGUUUCUUCGCUGACAAAGUCCCGUCGGAUUUCUUGUCGUGUGACGCCUGGAUGAUGCACCAACCGACCGGUUAUCUGUGGCAUCUUGCAACUCACACGAACGGAUACGAACGCGUGCCCAACAUUCUUCGUCGUCGUCACACCAUGAGUGUUUGUCUCGCUGUGGAGGCUUACAACAGCGCGUCUGAGAGUUACCGCUCGCAUGUUUGCCCCACUGGCUUCAACCACAAUCGUCGUAUCCCCAUGGAGUUCAAGAAGGAGGCAUGGAGCACUGCUGUGGCACUCGCAGAAGGCACUCAAAUGGAAGAGGAGCCGCCCGUUUACUUUGGCAACUACAAGAGGAAGAAAGCAGCAGAAAACGACCCCAAACCUGGGCAAGAAGGAAGCGAUGAACUGCAUUUUGUGUUCACGACUUCUUGUGAGCCGUACCAGGACUGGCAGAGUGAGGCUCUAGCACAGAGUUUCGUGCGAGUGGGUCAGCGUGGGGCUCUCACACGCAUCGUAAGUGGCUGCUCGGAUGACGCAGUGAAGGAGCUGCUUCGUCGUACGCAAAAGUCUGCUCCACAUCUGCGUAUUCACGUCACGCGCGACUUCCGUUCGCUUCCGAGUUUCAAGGAGGUGUCCGAUAGUGUUGAAAAGGCUUCGACACCAGACGACUACGCGCCGUACAACAAGCCGUUCGGCCUGCGGGACUGGCUGGAGUCCGCCAAUCCUCCAGUGCGCGAGGAGCUCAUCGUCGUGCUGGAUCCAGACUUCCUGUUCAUCCGGCCGUUUGCAGUCAACACUGGCGGUCGUGUGACGACAGCGAAAGGUGUGGACUCGGGCAACUACGAACAAGACGCAGAGGUGAUUGAAGGUAUGCGGCAGUACAAGCGCUUCUUCGUGUACGCUGGUUCUCGUGACGAUGUGAGCGACUCGGUGACGGACGGUGUGGCUGUAGCUCAGCGAUGGUCGCAGUAUCUGGGCACUGCGGCCUUUGAGAACAGCAGCUCAAUCUGUCCGGAGUGUGCGAAGGUGUCGAAGGCCGAUGCUACCGAGUAUUUUGCGGUUGGUCCUCCGUACGCUAUCACGCGCAAGGAUCUGACUCAGCUGAUGGACGACUACUGCAACAUGACGGUACUUAAGCGGGAGCAGAUGAACCGUGAGCACUGGAUGAGUGAAAUGCUGGGCUACUCGCUUGCUGCGGCGAAGCAUAAUGUGAAACACACGACAUUUGACAAUCUGGCGCUGGGCAACAAGGCAGAUGACUACACUGGUUUUGUCAAUAUUAUGAAGGGCAAUCCGUGUGAGGACCCAGUGACUCCGAUCAUCCCGGGUGAAGCCCCGCCGUUGUUGCAUGGCUGCCACUCGUACGAAGCUGAGGACGACCGUGGACUCAAGUGGAUGUUCUACAAGCAGCUGAUGCCCAACGACAUGUUCGCGUGCGACUCGUGGCUGCUGGCAUCACCACCCGCGAGCGUCUGGACGUUGGCCAAGCGCAGUCGCGACAAGCAGCUCAUGCUGGAAGCCUACGGAGUCUGCACAAGCAUCAAGGUGUUCAACCAGGCUUUGGUCGACUUUAAGACGAAGAUGUGCCCCGACGGCUUCAACCAGAACCGCAGACUACGAAUGGUAAAGGAUGUGCGUCAAGAUCUACUCAAGGUUGGCAACGUGCACAAGGCCUGGCAAGAUGCUGCCCAGGAGAACGCUCGUGAAGGCCCGUGAGCCGCCCGGUAGGUCGUAGAUACAUUUUAGUGUAGGUUGAAGACGCCUCUCAUACACUUUUCGUCAAAAUGGCGGUCUAUGUAGCCAUUUCGAUGGGAAGAGUCGUCGCAUUGUCGAGACCCCGAAACGUACUUAGUCGGUUUUUGACAUACAAACUCCAAGAUGUUUGACACGCAC